ACCUCUUUCAAAGACUCAAGACCCUUCUAUUCAGUCACGAUCGGACAGAGAGCUUUUUCACCUAUAGCCCGUCGUCCCCUGGCUUCACCCCGCCCGGGACCCCAGAAGACGGAAAAUUGGAUUCGACGCUCUCCUUAUGCAAGGCCUAACAUUCACCUAUGUAUUGUUAGGUACUCGUAUGUGCGUGUGGUUGCUGGCCAGAUCACCAAAGUCUGCAGGUUCUGCCAACCCGAAGAGAGCAGCGGUACAUUUUCUUCUCAGCCAGAGUCCCUUUGGCCCCUCGAAGUAUUCCAUUCGUCUUCAUAGCAGAGUAUCUUGGUUGGGCCGGCAUCUGCGGACGAUAGAUAUCUUCCUUUCCACAAGGAGAAAGACGAACCGAGUCUCGACGAACCAUGGCAUGAGACGGUAAAGAGAAAUGAAUGUGAGUGAAUAUCGUGUGGUUGGCUGGUUGGUUGGCUUCUUGCCUUCCUGGGAGAAGAAGCACAACCAAGAACGAGGCUUCAGGCGAGACGACAUCGGAAGCCAGGAGUACUGAGGUAUUUUGGAAGACGGUCGGCCGCCGAGCCCGUGCGACCACCGACCACUCAACCACAAUUCGGCCUUUUUCUCUUCACAUCCAUCUUGUUCAUCCGAGCGAGGUUCACGCUACCCAAACUCGACGACGUUAGUCAAUGCAAUCGGAAGAUCUUCAUUAGCCAUGAAGCUCUUGAGACAAUACUUUCCUAAACGAUUAAGUGAACUUGUUGCUUUGGUGUCGCUCUCGGCCACGGUAUUUCUUUUUAUUCACACCCGAUCGCUCACAAAUCGAUUACAAGAAGUCCAAAGGCCCUACGAGUCAUCCGUUGGAGACGCAGUGUACGAAUUUGUCAAUGAGGAGAAGCCACAUCAUUCGAGGGAGCUCAACACGGCACCCGAGGUCUAUUAUGGGAAGCUGGAUGCCAACGAGCUGAACAAUACGAGGAAGGCCACCAAAGAUGUCCUUUUCUUCAAUCGUGUCCCCAAGGUGGGCUCGCAAACCACGAUGGAACUCCUCAAGUCCUUGUCCAUAAAGAAUGACUUUCAUUAUCACAAAGAUAGAACGCAGAAAGUAGAAACCAUCAAACUCACGUACAACGAAGAGAAAUGGUUGGCCAAUCUGAUCAAUUACUUUGAUCCUCCGUCAGUUUAUGUGAAGCACGUUUGCUACGUUAAUUUCACUCAGUUCGACCUACCCACACCGAUUUACGUCAAUUUGGUGCGUGAUCCAGUUGAGCGUGUGAUCUCCUGGUACUAUUAUGUCAGAGCUCCAUGGUAUUUCGUGGAGAGGAAAAGGGCUUUCCCCGAUCUACCCCUUCCCAACCCCAAUUGGCUGCGAAAGGAUUUUGAGACUUGCGUCCGGACUUUCGAUCCGGAAUGUCGCUUCAUUCCCGGCUUAAAACGGGAUGGAUUUGGUGAUCAUAGGCGGCAAACCAUGUUCUUUUGCGGGCAUGGGGAUGAAUGCACGGGCUUUAACACUGAGAUUGCCAUGAAGAAGGCCAAGGAGAAUGUGGAAAAGAGUUAUGCCGUGGUGGGCGUUCUUGAAGAAUUGAACAAGACCUUGACCGUCCUGGAGCAUUAUGUCCCACGUUUCUUCAAAGGAGCCCUGGACACAUAUUGGAAUGAGGUUCAUGUGUUUUCCAAGAUCAAUCGCAAUAUUUACAAGCCUCCAGUGGCUGAGGCCACCAAAGAGAUUGUGCGGAAGAACUUCACCCGCGAGAUUGAAUUUUUCGAUUUCUGCAAACAACGACUCCACAAGCAGUAUUUGGCUUUGAACCUAGAUAAGAAGCCAUAGGGAGUGUGAUGCUUUUGCCCUAAUUUUGAGACUCAUCCAUCCUUCCAAUAUUCCACCACCAUACUGGAUCCAAGCUAAUCCAGGCUGACGUUCCACACCGACCGAUAUAAAAGUGGAAAUUGGUUUUUCCAUUUUGUUCUUUCCCUUCCAUUUCGUAUUCGAGUUUUUGGUGUUGUGAAAUGAACUGUUUCAACCUUGCAUUGUGGAUCUUGUGAUCCUCUUGAGUGUUCAAUAAAUUUGACUUCAUAUCUUUCAA